UCGUAACGUUAUUUAAGUUUAAAAAAGAAACAUGAUUAUUUGGAAAAAUUUAGAAAUAAUUAUCAGUGAACUGUAGCAGUCAAUAAAUAUUCUUUUUUAUCGAUAUAAGAAAUAUCAAUUCGAACAGUGCAAUUGGAACCCAAGUCUGAUGAGUGUUUUAUAAUUCUUCACUAUAAAGCUUUUGCGAUGCAAAAAUUUAAUCUUGCGAUUCUAAAUUGGUGACGUAAUGGAGCUGAAAGUAUGGGUAGAAGGCAUACAACGUAUUGUAUGUGGUGUUACAGAAGCCACUACAUGUCAGGAUGUAGUAUAUGCUCUUGCCCAUGCUACAGGACAAACUGGUAGGUUUACUUUAGUAGAAAGGUGGAGAACUAAUGAACGUCUUUUAGCUCCAUAUGAAAAUCCUCUCAAGAUUCUAAUGAAAUGGGGAGAGUAUUCUUCAGAAGUUCAACUGAUAUUAAGACGCUCCACAGCAGAGAAUAAUAAAGCCUCUAGUUCAUUAGGAACUCGUUUAACUCAUAGCGCAAGAUCAAAUGGCAUAAUAAAUUCUGUCUCUGAGAAUGUCACAACAUCUAAUAGUGGACAAGAUGAUACUAAGAAUACCACAACCUCCAGUUCUGAAUUUGAUGAUUUACAAGGAUGUCUUGACAGAAAUCGUGAUAUUAGAAAAUCAUUAACAUUUGGAGGCUUACAUGGAAAUGUUAUAGAAAAUAAUACGGAAAUUCAAAUGGAAAAUGUUGCCAUAGUCCAACCUACACCACACUUAAAAAACAAGGAGUUAAAUAUAAGAAAAAAUAUACAAAAAUCAGCUCAGUCUCCUACUUGUGCUAGUAAUAGUGAAAGUAACAUACACUUAUCACAAAAGAAAGUGCGUGAAGUUCCUCCAUACAGGGAUCCUCCAGGACCAGGUUCACCACCUCUGCGAACUUUACCACCAUACAGAGAUCCUCCACCACCUAAUUUAAAUAGUCCUGGAAGAUCACAAUUUCAAUCUAGCACAAAUGUUGGAAGUCCUCAUGUACAAAAAGAGGAUCAACCAUCAUCCAGCAAUUCUGUCAAACUAAAGAGAAAUCUUAUUCAGGAAUUCCAAGACACAAAAGGACAAACACAAUCUAUUAAUCAGCUGUCUGGUCAAACUCAAAACAUGGUUACCGUUGCUUACACUCAACGUUAUGUUGAACUUAUCAGACUAGUCAAUAAGCAACGUGAUACUAUUAAUUCACAACAAGCAGAUCUUACUAAAUUCGAUGCUGAAAUAUUAUAUUGGGAAACUAAAAACAGGGAACAAAUGCAUCAGAUGGACUUCAUUUCUCAGGAAGUAAAUCGUAUGGAAUCUACAGGACGUCUUAUUGAAGAACAGCUAAAGGAACUAGCACAUGUAGAAGAAGAAAGUGAAAUAGUCAGGCAGCAAGAGAAAACGUUGAAAUCGGAGAUAACGUUGCUUAGGUCAAAACUUGCAAAUUGCGAAACAGAGUUGCUUCAAUGUAAAAAUAAAAUUAGAUUAGUUAUGGAAGAACUUGCUAUAGAACAGCACAAUAUAAAUCGUGAAACGGACGAAAGACAAUUAAUGGAACGUAAAAUUAUUACCGAAGUCGAACAUCUUCAAAACGAAGUAGAACAAGCUAAACGUUCUGCCGAAUUAGCUUCACAAUGUGCAGAAUCAUUGAAACUUGAGGUAGUUAGUUUGGAAUCAGCAAUUGUUGAAAAGAAAUUACAAGUGGAGCGUUUAGUAGCGGAUAUGAAAGAGGCUAAUUUACAAAGUCUAGCCGUUGCUUGUCAAGAUGAACAAGUAAAGUCAUUACUUGAAGGUGCCCACAAACCUGGUAGUACACGUAAAAUGAUAGGUUCACCGAGGCAAUUAGAAACUGCUGUGCCUACGAGUAAAAAUCCACACGGCGUUUGGGUAUAAAUAUAUCGUUCGAUAUAUUGAAAAUAAUAUUUUUCAUACAGCAUUUAAUUUAAUGUUUCGUAUAUAGUAUACGUGUGAUUUUACAUACACGUUUAGUAAGAACGAUAUAAGUAAAAAAGAUUAUUUGUCUUUCCUAUCGUUCGUGAAUACACUUUAUAAUUGUUUUGUCCACCUGCCAUAUAAUUUUCAGCAAAUUUAGCUCUAAGUGUUGACUAGUAAUUUUAAAUAUGAUUUAUGUACAUACAGGAUAAAAAAUAUUGGCCAAUAUAUUUAUCCAAAGUAUUGAAAUGAUAAAUCAUGAUAACUUAAGAAAACGUAACUUACAUACUUAUAAAUUGUGGUAAUUUUCUUGAAAUUAUUCAAGAUAAAUUUAUAUAUUUUUUAUUCUAUAAUCAAAAUAAUUCUGUGACUUGAAGGCGUUUAGUUAUUGGUGCACUAUACAGUUAAAAUACCAACAUAGUACAUAUACUGUAUUUAUCUUGUAACAUAUCUUUGAAAGUAUGUGAUAAUGAAGUCUGAAAUAUGUUAUUGAAACAUUCUAGUGUACAUUAAUUGCAUUUCUAAGUAUUUAAGCUUUUCUGUCUAAUCGUAUUCCAACAGUAGAUUUUACUUUGUUUCAUGCAAUAGUAUGUUGUAAUAUUUUUUAUUUGUUUCAUACAUUAAUUAUCAGCAUCCAUUGUCAAAAUCAUAAGUGGUUCCAAGCUUUCAUAGCUUAAAUUAUAUCUGCUUGAGGCUUUUAAUUGGUAAAUUCUUUCGAAUUUACAUAUGUUACCAAAAAUUUAAGAGAA